UGGCGAUGAAUUUAUUUUCGUCACCAAAAUCCCUAAUAUUCCCAAUCGCUACACUCCCUAAUGCCUUAUCUCCUCUCUUCUAUUCUCAGCUCCUUGGCAAUGGCAGCGACGCAGGCAUCUCCAUCCUUUCCGACACGAUCUCCAGCAGUGGUUGUUUUUGCAUGGUAGGCGCGGGGCGCCGGAUCCAGCCCUUGUUCACCCUCCGCCGACCAGGGUGGGCAUCUUCCAGCCCUGGGUGGGUGCUGGUGGUCUUGGUGGUAGCUGUUGGCUCGAGGGUCGCUGUCGGCUGCCUGGCGACACUGGCGGCCGGUUGUCGCUCCCCUGUGAUGCCUAGGGGGCUGUUGCCAGUCUCCUACUGCUUUCGGCAACCACUGCCUUCUUCUGGCGGCCGUUGCCAGCCCUGGCAGCCACUGCCGGCUUCCAUCGGCUGCUACUCUCGGCGGGUCUCGGAGGAUAUAAUUUUUUUUGAAUCUUAUAUAUAAUUGUAAACAUUGUAUUGUUGUUUGUGUAGGUUUGUACACUGACUUGGUUUGGAGAGAUGCUCGUUGUUGUUCUCCUUUGUUAGGUGUAUGUAUCUAGACUUGUUUAUUAAUAAUGAUAGUAAUAAUGAUACUGUGUUUGUCUAUUGUACUAUCUCUUGUUUUUAUUUUGGUUGUUAUAUAGUAUUUUCUUAUGUAUGGUCACUUGGUACAUAUUUACCAUUAGUUUGUUGUCUAGAAGUUUUUA